UAGUCGUAUAAAAAAUGCAGCAACAUACCAGCUAGCCCCCUCUGCACAUCCUUUGAGAUCAGUUUCUGCUACUAUCUGUAUCAGAGAUAAUAUAUUAUCGUCAUAAAUUUAUACUAAUAUCAUUCGUAUAUUCUGAAAACAAGUGAAGCCAUGACAAUAUCAGUAAGAUUGGCCUUAAGUAUUGCAGUUGUGUUUUCCAUGGUGAUUAUGGUGACAUUCUCUCCGCAGCAUACAAUGGACAUUACAAUCUCCAGAGUUCGAUUAAUUUGGAGGCCUGUGGCGUCUUGGCUUAGGCCUCCGUAUCUCUAUCUCGUGAUAAAUUGUAUUAUCAUCACUAUUUUCGCGUCCUCAAAGCUUCAUGAGCAUCACCGCGACUACUCUGAGCCUGUCAGAUUAUUUCCUACAGAUGAUCAUUGUGUGGGUGAAGAUCAGAGGGAGUUGGUAGACUUACCGCAGUCUUCAACAGGGGUUGAGUGUGUGGAAUUUUCAGACGAAGCGCCUGGGAAUGAGAACGACAGUCUUCCAACGACUAGGAUUAUAACAUGUGUGAAUGAUGUACAAGUGGUUGAUUCUGAUAAUGCUAAUGUAAGGUGUUCUGAUGAGGGCACCGCCAAGGGUGCAAAUGUUGAGACAUGGAAGUUGCCGGGGUCAGAGAGCUUCAUUCACCCGAAAGAUGUCCAACUCCAUACUCAAGGGAGAAAGAAAUUGGGAGCUCAAAAGCCUGAGAAGGAAUUUAAAACCUUGGAGAGCACUUGGAAGGCUAUUACAGAUGGGCGUCCAAUGCCAACAACUCACCAUUACAGUGGUGGAAACUUGCAGGAUCCUCGUAAUAUGAUCAAAUCUGAGAUAUUCAACCAGCAAGCAAGCAGCAACCGGAAUAACAUAUCAAGGACACUAGAAGGAUCAUCCGGCUGGGGAAAGCUCAGAAGAGAUCCUUCCCUGGGUCAGGACGAGUUAAACAAGCGAGCUGAGGAGUUUAUCAGUAGGUUUAAAGAGGAUAUGAGACUGCAGAGAAAGGAGUCACUGAGACAGUAUGUGGAGAUGAUCAACAGCGGUGCAUAUUAGAAAAUCUUUUCUGAAUAACUUGCAGAGUGUAACAGAGAAAGUACCACAAUCAGUGGUUUGUAUACUGAUAUAAGAGUUAUGAUAAUAGUUUAAUACACUACAACUGUUUGCAUAUAUGAGAAAUCGCAUUAUCUUCACAUUUAUCAGAACUAUAUCACCAUGAG